AAUAAUAAAUAUGAGACAAAUAAUAUAAAAUAAAAAAGGAAAAUAAUAAAGAGGGCAGCCGUUUCCAAGGGUUGGAGGACCGAAAAAGGGAGACAAUGUUGCAGAUUCCGCCCUCUACCUUUCUUCCCUCCUGGAGAAUUUAAAGGUAUGGAGUGUGUUGAUGAGCAGAGAAUAUCAUGUUGCAGUGCCUAGAAGGAUUUAAGCACUUCUUUGCUGUUCUGUUAAAGUGCUGCGAUCUUGACCUGUAUAAGCAGUCAAAGGGCCUUGAAGAUCCUGAACUUUUGGCCAGGGAAACAGUUUUUAGUGUAAGUGAAAUCGAAGCAUUGUAUGAGCUGUUUAAAAAGAUCAGCAGUGCUGUGAUUGAUGACGGGUUGAUAAACAAGGAAGAGUUUCAAUUGGCUUUAUUCAAAACCAACAAAAAGGAGAGCUUGUUUGCUGAUCGGGUAUUUGACUUGUUUGAUACAAAACACAAUGGAAUUCUAGGAUUUGAAGAGUUUGCACGUGCUCUUUCUGUAUUUCAUCCAAAUGCUCCAGUUGACGAUAAGAUAGAGUUUUCUUUCCAACUGUACGAUCUCAAGCAGCAAGGGUUUAUUGAAAGACAAGAGGUGAAGCAAAUGGUAGUCGCUACACUUGCUGAAUCGGGCAUGAAUCUUUCAGAUGAAGUCAUAGAAAGUAUCAUUGACAAGACAUUUGAGGAAGCUGAUACAAAGCAUGAUGGAAGAAUUGACAAGGAAGAGUGGCGUAGCCUUGUCUUGAGACAUCCUUCUUUGCUAAAGAAUAUGACUCUCCAAUAUCUCAAGGACAUCACCACCACCUUCCCAAGUUUUGUGUUCCACUCUCAAGUUGAUGACACCUGAGUUUCUGAUCUAGUGCAAGUUUAAGGGUCAGCAGUGAUAUUCAUAAUGGUUUGUUAACCUUUGGAUUAUAGGAGCACCAUAAUUCCACCAUGGGUGAGGAGGAUGCUUUUGGAAAUUCUUAGUUGCCAAGUAUUGACUCAAUUUCUUUUUUCUGUUUUCGUUGUGGAAAAUGUUACUUCAGUAUCCUUGCAGUGUGAUUCAUAAUUGUUUCAGUUUGUGGAGGGCUUGUAUCAAUUAGGAAUGUUGCAUUAAUUUGGUGGAUUGUAUUUUUAGCAAACUUGCACCCCAUCUGUGCUGGGAACAUUAUAUUAUUUUUUUAAAGAAAAAUAUAAACAGGUAGGCUCCUUUGAAAGUAAUGGGCCUCACUGCUUUUGUAGAA